UGCUCAAAGUUUCCUGUUGUUUUCUCUAAUGUUCAAUUGUUCUUUCCAUUAUGCAUGUUGUUACUAUUUAACCUAAUUCAACGAUUUAAAUCUCGUUCGCGACAGUACAUUAUUUCAUUUUUCAUUUCAUAAUUUAUACCAUGAUUCUAGUCAUUCCUUUGCUAGAAGUGGACAUCAACAUUGCAAUCUCUCUCUCUCUCUCUCUCUGUAUGCGCGUUUGUGGGGGGAGAGAGAGCGAUGCAUUUUAUACUGUUUUAUUUGUUUUUCCCCUGUAAUAAUUACUUUGAUAAUCCGUUUGCUUGGUGAAAAGGUAAAGAAGGGAGGAUGUGGAGAUCUAUGAUCAUUUUUUUUGUGAUAUUCCAAAGAGUUACAUUGUCAGAAUCACCUAUUUUUAGAUUAUGCUCUUAUGGAACUGGAGCUCAAAUUGUGAUGCAUGACUGGACAAUAUCUUGCACAGUUUUUCACUACUGUAGGCUAUUUCACUACGAUGGUUUUGUGGUACAUCAAUGUAACUUUUUUAAUAUUUAUAAAGUAGGGAUGACAGUUCAUCAGCUGAAGGGCUAAGUUCUGUAUCUGGAAAGGAUUCAGAUGUUAAGACAAGUGAACGGGAGGAUCAACUUGAUAUUAGUAACCUCAAAUUCAUGCUGCAUCAGAAGGAGAUGGAAUUGUGUCGGUUGAAAGAACAGAUCGAGAAGGAAAAGCUUGCUUUGUCGAAGUUGCAAACCAAUGCUGAAACAGCAAUCAGCAAAGCGCAAAAGCUCGUCUCCGAAAAAAACGCGGAGUUACUAGCUGCUGAAGAAAGCCUUUCAGGACUAGUGGAGGUUGAGAUCCAGUACUGUGGGGAUGGUGAGAUUGUGGAGGUGACUGGUAGCUUCAAUGGUUGGCAUCAUCAGAUUGAAAUGGAUCCACAACCAUCAUCUGGUAUCAUAGGCCCCACUGGAUCAAGGAAAACCAGACUUUGGUCAACAAUGCUGUGGCUUUAUCCAGGGAUAUAUGAGAUAAAAUUCAUUGUUGAUGGCCAAUGGAAGAUUGAUCCUCAAAGAGAGUCAGUUACCAGGGGUACCAUAUGUAACAACAUUCUCCAAGUCGACAGAUGAAAGGAUUUGGCAGGGGGGGCGACUAUCUAUCACUGACAAGGAGCAAAAGUAUCUACCAAUUAUUCGGCCUGUUGUUAGGUUAAAGUGGCAAAAUUGAAGUUGAAGCAGUCUGAGCCUAUGCCAUCGGGCCAAGAAAGUGAAUUGAAGACCACAUACACACAGGAGACGAGGCAGGCAAAAUCAAGAGUCCAUUCCGCACAUUGUGUAUAUCUGCUACUCACCACAGCUCUAUUUUCCUAAUAAUAAUAUUUUUUUCGGAGGAUUUUCCUAAUAAUAUCAGUUGGCUAAAA